AUUCCAGGGCUCCUGAGCUGCUAGGCCUAGGGGAGAGUUAGGUGCUGCUGAGGGCUCUGCCUCCUACCUGAUCCUGACUGUAGGAGCCUCCAGGACUACAGGCCAGGAGGGGCUGGUGGGAGCAUUCCCCACAGAAGGCAUCAUGGGCUGCGGGAAGCGGGCCAAGUGGGCGCUUGCCGGCAGUGCCAGCGUGGCUCUGGUGUUUGCCAUCGGAAUGGUCCUGGGCUUCACUCUGCAGCGGCGCAUCCCGCCAGGCUGUGAGCAGGAUGCGGCCUGCCGCCCCGACACGGACAUGCUGGACUACCUGCUGAGCCUGGGCCAGAUCAGCCGCCGGGACGGCCUGCUGGUCACCUGGUACCACGCGGCCAACAGUCAGGAAGAGUUGGGAGCUGCCCUGAGUGGUGACACCAUGGUCCUGGAGGCUGACGUCACCGUAGAAGGACUCAACACAGCCAAUGAGACAGGGAUCCCCAUCAUGGCCCACCCACCGGCCAUCUACAGUGACAACACGCUGCAGCAGUGGCUGGAGGCCGUGCUGGCCUCUUCCCAGAAGGGCAUCAAACUGGACUUCAAGAGCCUCAAGGCUGUGGGCCCCUCCCUGGACCUCCUGCGGCAGCUGACAGAGGCCGGCAGAGUGCAGAGGCCCGUGUGGAUCAAUGCCGACAUACUGAGGGGCCCCAACGUACCCAUCUCAGUCGAGGUCAAUGCCACGCAGUUCCUGGCCCUGGUGCAGGAGAAGUAUCCCGAGGCCACCCUGUCCCUGGGCUGGACCACUCUCUACACGCCCCUGCUGUCCAACAGAACGUACACCCGGGCCAUGGUGGAGAAGAUGCAGGAGCUGACAGGAGCGCUACCGCAGAGGGUCACCUUCCCUGUGCGGGCCGUCAUGGUGCGGGCCGCCUGGCCCCACUUCAGCUGGCUGCUAGGCCAGUCCGACAGGUACAGCCUGACACUGUGGCAGGGCGCCUCGGACCCCGUAUCAGUCGACGAUCUCCUCUACAUCCGGGACAACAGUGCCACCCACCAAGUCUACUAUGACCUCUUCGAGCCUGUCCUGUCGCAGUUUAAAGAGCUGGCCUUGAAUGCCACACGGAAGCGAAUGUACUACACCGGGGGCAGCCUGGUCCCUCUUCUGCAGCCACCCGGGGGUGAUGGUCUGGGCGUGGAAUGGCUGGUUCCCGAUGUCCAGGACACCAGAAUGCCAACAGUUACACUCCCAGAUGGAGAAGGCAUGAUUCUGCUGAACGUCGGCCUCCAGGGAACUGCAACUGGGGACCCCGUGCCUGUGGUGCGUGCCCCAGGGGGCCCUGCCCUGACGCUGGAGUCCUGCCUGCUGCAACUGGCCACGCGCCCUGGCCGCUGGGGCGUCCAUCUGCAUGUGGCGGAGCCUACAGCCCUCCGGCCUUCCCUGGCCCUGCUGGCUCACUUCUCCACCCUUGGCUUCCUGCCUCGACCUGUGUGGGUCGGGGCCACAAUCUCCCACGGGAGUUUUAUGGUCCCUGGCCACGUGGUCGGCAGAGAGCUGCUUACAGCCGUGGCUGAGGUCUUCCCCCACGUGACCGUGGCACCGGCCUGGCCUGAGGAGGUGCUGGGCAGUGGGUAUGGGGAGCAGCUGCUCACAGACAUGCUGGAACUGUGCCAGGGGCUCUGGCAACCCGUGUCCUUCCAGCUGCAGGCUGGGCCGCUGGGCCGGAGCAGAGCUGGAGUGGUGGCCGGGCUGCUGGCAGCCUCUCCCCGGGCCACCGUCACCGUGGAGCAGAGCCCUGCCGAGGGCAGCUACACAGCCGCACGGGCAGUGCUGCUGUCGGCCAGGGCUGUGGACAGCACCCGAGUCUACUUCAGGCUGCCCCGGGGGUUCCGCAAGGACUUGCUGGCAGACGUUGGCAGAAACUGACCAUCCAGGGGUGCUUGGCUGGGGGACCUGGGGUCAAGGCCUCCUGGGGGGAGGCGAGAAGAAAUAAAUGUCUGCCUUCCUCCGGGCACUGCACACGUUCCUUGGGA